AUGGGUGGCACUGGAACAGGCAAGUCCUCUUUUAUUGCAGAGGUGACUGGGGAACGGGUGCAAAUUGGACACGAUCUACAUUCUUGUACCGCAGAAUGCACAAGCUGGGAGUGUCGUCUUGACGAUCAAACGACCGUGACUCUCGUCGAUACCCCGGGGUUCAACGAUACUAACCGUCUGGACCUCGAGAUUCUGAAAUCAAUCACCACAUACCUCACGUACCUACAAGAAGCAGAUAUACAGCUGGCGGGAAUUAUCUAUAUGCAACGAAUCACCGAUAGGAGGAUGACUGGUGCCUCUUUUCUGAACUUGCAGAUGUUCCAGGCGUUCUGCGGAGAGAAAUACUUUCCGCAAGUGGUGCUUGUCACUACUAUGUGGAACACGAUCCGAGAUAAUAAUACAGCUCAACAGGAACUGCUAUCCAGAGAGAGGGAGUUGGCGACGACGCCCGAGUUCUGGGGAGACAUGAUUGCCCGUGGUGCAAAAGUGAAACAGUUUUACGGUGACAGAGCCUCAGGGCUCGAUAUUGUUCACUUGCUUUACCAACAAGAGCACACCCGACGGCCCCGUCAUGACGGCUGA